AGUUGAUCACUGUCUUUCACGUCACUUGUGACUUGAUCAGUCAACUUUACUUUUAUGUAUUUGUUGUGUUGUGAAGUAAUGAUUGGUGUUUAAUUUCAUAUUUGUGAACCUCACAUUGAUGUAUAAAAUAUCUAGGUCUUUUAUUGACAUCGGCUAUCUAAUCAAGUUAUAGUUUUGAAUUUAGUCUCUAGUCAAAUCGUCAACAAUGUUGAAGAGAUUAGUGAUGCUUUAUUUUCUAUUUUUACCAUUUGCUUCACUUGAAGAAAGCUUAGUGUAUGAAUACAAUGUGAAUAACUUUAAAUUUCAAAUCGAAGAAAUGGAUGGAAAUUUUGUUAUGUUUUAUGCACCUUGGUGUCGACAUUGUACAGAGUUUCAUCCUAUUUGGGAAGAACUGGCAGAGCUUGUAAAUUCAAAAGAUUCAAAGUUUGCCAUUGCUCAGGUUGACUGUACAAUACAUUACAAAUUAUGUAAUGAUUAUGAUAUUACAGGAUAUCCUACUCUAUUAUACUUCCAUAAGAACACUUUUUCACCAGUAGAAUUUAAGGGUACAAGGGACUUGCCAUCACUUACAUUAUUUUUAAGUGAAGCAUUUACAAUGAAAUCUGAGGGUAUAGACACAGAAAAGGACUCAAGAGAAGUUAAAGUAUACAGUGGAAUGGCAUACCUGAAUGAUCAAAAUAUUGAGAAGUUUGUGUCUAAAGGACAGCACUUUGUCAUGUUUUAUGCUACAUGGUGCAGAGCAUCACAGAAAUUAGCACCAGUAUGGGCUGAUCUUGCAGUACAGUAUGCUCAUAACGAGUACAUACAGAUUGGUAAAGUUAAUUGCAUGGAUAAUGAGAUGACCUGCAAGACUUUUGACAUCAAACAGUAUCCAUAUCUUAUGUGGAUUGUGAAUGGCAGAAUCAUGGGUGUAGCUGAGGCAGAAACAAUAGAUGAGCUAAAAGCAUAUGUGGAAAAAAUGUUACUUGCUGAGAAUCAUGACCCAGAAAAGUUUAUGAAGAAGAAAAAAGCCCUGCCUGUUGCCAGGAUAUCAGAGGAAACAUUUGAAACCUUCUUGGAAAAGGAAUUAGUAUUUGUCAAUUUUUUUGCACCAUGGUGUGCACACUGUAUGCAAAUGAGCCCACUCUGGUUGAAGUUAGGCCAGCGAUUCCAAAAUGAAAGCCGCGUUUUAAUAGCUGACGUCGACUGCGUCCAAUCAAAACCUAUUUGUGAAGCUGAAAAGAUCAAUGGCCUGCCAACACUGAUCCUAUACAAACAAAAGACGAUCGUCAGUUUGGAACAUGGCGGCCGGCCACUCGAGAGCCUAAUAACACUAGUCACAGAACACCUUCAAGACUCCGAGCCGCCGGUAGAAGUCGCCUCUGACGAAGAAGAAACGAUAAAAACCAAAGAUGAAUUAUAGUUAUGUUAAUAGGUGAUUAAUUCCACUUAAAUCACCGAAAGUAAACCCUUACGUCACACAGUCAACUUACGUAAUAAAGAAUGAAGAUGAGUGGAUGAGGUCUUCACGACGAAUUCACUGCACGACGUGUCGCGGGUUCUAUCCCCGCCUAG